AUGCAUAAUGUUCCACCUUCCCCGCCACGCUCGUAUUCCAUGACAGCAGGUAUAUACCCAACCUCUUUCUACACGCCACCAGACCAUGAUAUUAAUUCCUCUGGUUUUCGUAGAAAUUUCAUUCCAGCUUGGUUCGCCGUCGUUAUGGGUACCGGAGCAGUCGACAUCCUGCAUGAAGAUCUUAACCCUCAUUUUUUUUUCCUCAAUCUAUCUCUUUUCAUCGUCUUUGCCUUCGUCUCUCUCGUCCGUUACAUUAUGUUCCCCGAAAUUUGGGGUAUCAUGGUCCGGCACCCCGUUCAGAGUCUCUACACGGGUACCUUCCCCAUGGGGUCCAUCACCAUCCUUACUAUUGCAGUUAGCCUCAUCCACGGGGACUACAACUUUGGCGGUAAGCCAUUUAUGUAUGUCCUUUGGUCUUUCUGGUGGAUAGACGUUCUAUGCUCCUUCCUCUGCUGUUUUGGUAUUCUCCACUACAUGAAAACCUCCCAUACUCACACACUGGAGACCAUGACUCCUGCAUGGGUGCUUCCCGUCAUAACCUUAAUCGUCACAUCCUCCGGUGGCGGUGUCGUAGCUUCGUCAUUAUACAAAUAUUCCUUGAACCAUGCGAUGGUCACCGCCACCCUUUCAAUUUUCAUGGUAUCCAUAGGACUAUCUGUGGCCUUGAUGAUUUUGACUAUAUAUCUACUUCGCCUGAUCCUUCACGGCCUACCACCCGGCACCACGAUAACUUCUGCAUUCUUACCCCUCGGACCAACAGGCCAGGCGGGAUAUUCUAUUCUACUUCUUGGACAAUACUUCAAGACAGUCCUACCCCUACCCUACGGAUCCUCCAAGUUUCUCACUGCCGAGACUACCGGUGCAUCCAUCAACGUUGUCUGCGCGAUCAUCUCUGUCGUGCUAUGGGCACUAGCGUCGGGAUGGUUAUUUUUUGCCCUUCUCGGUGUGCAAAACAUCCUGCGCCAGACAUGUAUUCCAUUUAGAGUGGAGACGUGGGGGCUCAUUUUUCCAAAUGGAGUUUACGCGAAUCUGACUCUGAGCCUUGCAAGCACUUUUGACUCUACAUUCUUCCGCGUGUGGGGUUCAAUAUAUUCGGUUGCAACUGUAAUCCUUUGGUGUUUUGUGGCUACACGGACGGUAGUGUUAAUGCGCAAUAAGCGUACAUUCGAAAUCCCAUCGUAA